CAGAGCCUUGACAAGGAAAGAAUCACUUCACAUCCUCCUAGCAAAUAAAAAAAUGGCUAGACUUAAGUAUGUUGACUUUCUUUCAAUUAUUCUGUGCUUUACUAUCUCCGCCGGAAGUAUCAGGGCGUCACUUCCGGCAAUCAAAGGCGCUUAUUGGCCUUCAUGGUCUGAAAACUUUCCACCAUCUUCUAUAGACACAACUUUGUUCACUCACAUCUACUAUGCUUUUCUCUCACCAAGUAAUGUAACAUUAAAAUUCGAAAUACCCGAUUCGACCGGUAAGCGCCUCCUAAAUUUCACAACCGUCCUCCAUCACAAAAAUCCACCGGUGAAAACUCUAAUUUCGAUAGCCGGUGGAGGUGCUGAUCCUCAACUCUUUGCUAGGAUCGCAUCACAAGCAAGGUCACGUGAGGUUUUCAUAAAUUCAGCAAUACAAGUAGCAAGAAAAUUUGGAUUUGAUGGGCUGGAUCUUGAUUGGGAAUUUCCUAAAGACCCAAAAGAAAUGCAAGACUUGGGCCUUUUGUUUAAAGAAUGGCGAUAUGCUAUUCAAAAUGAGGCCAAGUCCACAAACCGGCCGGCUCUAUUGCUCACGGCAGCCGUGUACUUCUCCGUCGAGUUUUUAUGGGCCGAAACAUACCGAAAGUUUCCGGUGGCAUCGAUGAAGGAAAACUUGGACUGGAUUAAUGCAAUGUGCUAUGAUUAUCACGGCUCCUGGGAUACUUCGGCUACGGGAGCCCAAGCCGCAUUAUAUGAUUCAAAGAGCAAUAUAAGCACAAGCUAUGGGCUUAAAUCAUGGCUUGGGGCUGGAAUGCCUCGACACAAGGUUGUUAUGGGCUUGCCGCUUUACGGUAGGACUUGGAAGCUCAAAGACCCAAAAAUAAACGGAAUUAGAGCUCCGGCCGUCGGAGUCGGCCCAGGAGAGGAUGGUGUGCUGACCUUUUCCCAAGUGGAGAAGUUCAACAAGGAGAACAGCGCCACAGUUGUAUAUGAUUUGGAAACUGUAUCAACAUAUUCGUAUGCUGGAUCAUCAUGGAUUGGGUAUGACGAUACCUUGUCCACCACUACUAAAAUAGGGUUCGCUCAGGCCCUUGGGCUUCGUGGGUAUUUCUUUUGGGCCCUUAGUUAUGAUAAAGAAUGGAAAAUCUCAAGACAAGCUUCAAGAGCAUGGGCUAUUGUGGAUUAAUGUUGAAGGUAUAAAAAUUUGCCUAAUUGGAGAUUGAAAGUGACUCAACUCAACCAAUAGAUAAAACUUGCAUAAACAGUCAGUAGCAAAUUAAGUAACUAACUUUCUGUCUUUUAGUAUAUAAAAAUAAAUAAAUAAAUAAUGAGAAAUAAAAAAAUUAACAGUGCAAUUACUCUUUGGAUGGCUCAUCAACAACAUUCAGUAGCAUUAGUUUUACUGCCUGUAAUGGACUGCUUUUUUUGGAUUUUACUUCUUUUGAAGAUGAUCUUACUUCAGAUAUCUUAUACA